AUCCUGAUGAGUUCGAGAGGAUAUACGAGCCUCUAGAUGUGAAGAGCAAAAAGAUUCAUAUAGUGGACAGUGGACUUACCUUUAACCUGCCGUACCCACUUAUCUUAAGGCCUCAAAGAGGCGUUGAUCUCAUCAUCUCUUUUGAUUUUUCGGCGAGGCCAAGUGAUUCCAGUCCUCCUUUCAAAGAAAUUUUACUGGCCGAAAAAUGGGCCAAAAUGAACAAGCUUCCUUUCCCGAAAAUAGACCCAAAUGUGUUUGAUCGAGAGGGCAUGAAGGAGUGCUAUGUUUUCAAACCAAAGGAUACCUCUUCGGAGAAAGACUGUCCAACUAUAAUCCAUUUUGUUUUGGCCAACAUCAACUUCCGGAAGUAUAAAGCUCCAGGCGUUCCAAGAGAAACACAGGAAGAGAAGGAUUUUGCAGACUUUGACAUUUUUGAUGACCCAAACACACCGUUCUCUACCUUCAACUUUCAGUAUCCCAAUGAGGCUUUCAAGAGGCUUCACGAUCUAAUGGAGUUCAACACCCUCAAUAACAUAGAUGCGAUCAAGCAAGCUAUGAUGGAAAGCAUUGAAUACAGAAAAGAGAACCCGUCUCGCUGCUCCGUGUCCCUUAGCGAUGUUGAAGCAAGAAGAUUCUUUAAUAAGAACAAUCUUAACAACAACCGUACGUAGAGGAUGUGUCGUAGGUCCCACUCCUUCAAGAAGCUGGUUCUAUCUUUAUAACUGGAGUCAAAAAGACAUUAUCAGAGCAUCGCUGCUCCUGAAUAGGGCUGUGCAAAACUCCU